AUGGAUUUCGCAGAUUGCAUCAGCGACAAAUCAUUUGGUCCUAGUGUAAAUGGUUGUCGCAACGGAUUCGACUUCACGUUGAAAUUCGAACUGCUCUUCUUCGCCACCAUUCCUUCAGCUAUCUUUUUGAUUUUGGCAGUUCCGAGGAUAACAUCGCUUUACCUACAGCCUAUUAUUGCAGUCUGGCGAUCUUGGCUUUACGCGUCGAAGCAGGUAAGCAUUCCCCUAAUGCUACUAUCUGCUCUCUUUCUAUGCGCGCAAAUCUUGACCACAAGCGACGCGCUAAUAUUGGUUGCCAUAUCCCACUUUGAACAUACCAGACGUCGAAGGCCGUCUGCGAUUCUCGAAGUGUACUUGAGCCUUACUCUUCUUCUAGACAUGGCACACAAUCGGACAUUAUGGCUUAGUGCAUCCUCCAACUUGGAUGCAAUAUUCACACGAUUUCAUACAGCUACUGUUGUUUGCAAGGCAGUUCUCGCUAUUUUAGAGUCUCGUUCAAAGAAAAAAUCGUUUUUACAGCAAGAUCGGGCUACAAAGAGCCUAGAUAGUGCCUGCGGAAUCUACAAGUUAGGUACUUUCAGUUGGCUUGGUCGGCUCUUGCUAUCCGGUUAUCGAAAUCCUCUUCAACUCGACUCAUUGCCCAUCCUAGAUGAGGCUAUGGCAGCCGAAGCCUUGCAUGCAAGGUUUCUGAAGAAUAUCAAAGGCCACUCGAAACAAUCACCAGAAGCCAAUCAGGAAAGCGGAAUGUCACUAUUCCAAAGCCUUAUCAAAACCUUACCAGUACCUCUUCUGCUUCCUAUCGUACCUCGAUUAGCGUUGAUCGGUUUGAGCAUCAGCCAAGCCUUUCUCAUAGAGGCAGUCACGAGUUUUCUGAGCGCCGAACAGAAAUCUGAUCACAAUGGUUAUGGCCUGAUUGGAGCAACGAUCUUGAUAUACAUCGGUAUCGCUCUCUGUACGUCGUUGUACUGGUACUGCCAUCAAAGGUUCCUCUAUAUGACACGCAGUUGUUUGGCUAGCGGCAUAUUUCACAAAACCACUGAGCUGAGUGUGGCAACUCUCGCAGAGUCCCAAGCGAUAACCCUCAUGAGCACUGAUAUCGAACGGAUAUUGGCGGGCUUCCUCAAUUUUCACGAGCUAUGGGCAAGUCUGAUGCAAACGAUUAUCGUUAGCUGGAUCUUAUGGACCCGGCUGAAGGCAUUCUUCGCACUUCCCAUUGGUCUGGUCAUAGUAUGCUUUUUUGCUCUAGUCACUGUAGGCAAAUUCAUCGGCGGCUUUCAGAAGGCUUGGAUGCAGGAAACGCAAAAGCGCGUUGCCAUGAUCGCCAAUGUGCUUGGAAGCAUGAAGCAGGUUAAGAUCUCUGGACUCGCUGCCAUUGUUAAUCAAAAGAUACGCGAAGCGAGAACAAGUGAGCUUCGUGCCAGCCGUGGUGUUCGGAUGCUACAAAUUACGGCAAUGACUCUUUCUCUCACACCUGAACUAAUUGCGCCGGUUAUUACGCUUGCAGCUACAUCCAACUCUGUUGCAAAUCCAAAUAUAUUUUCCGUUGUUGCUCUUAUUGCGCUUCUCACGGCACCACUUGGUCUCUUGUUUCAAUCAGUAGCUCCUUUCAUGUCUGGCUUGGCGUGUCUCGAUCGGAUUCAAACGUAUCUAGAGCUAGAGCCGUUGGGAGACUGGCGGGAGAAAGAGGAAAUACGACUGGAAAAGAUCAAAGACAGCUCUGUAUCGCCAUCCGAGAACUAUGAGUACGCUUUCCGAGUGGUUAAAGGUAAUUUCAGAUGGCAGAAAGAUGGCCAGCUUUGCCUUCGAAACAUCAGUCUGGCUAUCAAAUAUGCGGCCUUGACAAUGAUUAUAGGUCCGGUGGGAUCGGGAAAGUCAACACUGUGCAAGGCGUUGCUGGGACAAUUACGCCCCUUGGCUGGUCAAGUCUUUUUCGGUGGAGCAGGUGAGGGCAAGAUUGCGUACUGUGAUCAGACGCCGUUCUUGCUAAACAGUACAAUACGCGACAACGUCACUCACUUCUUGCCAUGGAACCCGUCCCGGUAUCUUGAGGUAAUCGAAGCCUCAGGGCUCUCUUACCACUUGGCUGCGCUACCAGAUGGCCACAACACGGUAGUGGGAAGCAACGGCCUAUUGCUUAGUGGAGGUCAAAAACAGCUCAUAGCCAUAGCCCGGGCGCUAUACUCGGACGCUCAUACCUUCAUCUUUGACGAUGUUUUGAGCGGUCUUGAUGCCAGAACAGAAGAUCAUGUCUUCCGCCACGUCUUUGGACCCUCAGGCCUGCUGAAAACAAGGUGCAAUGGAGCAGCAGUAAUCCUUUGCACGCAUUCGACCAUGUACCUUCCGAUGUCAGACGCAAUCAUCGUUCUAAAUGAGGAAGGAGAAAUUCUCGAGCAGGGCAAGUGGGAAAUGCUCAAGUGCAAGGAUGGCUACGUGCAAAGUUUGGGCAUCAGAGAACCCAGUGUGACCUCCUCAAUAACAGAAGCAGGGGCAGAAGUAGGGAAUAAAACAAAAUCUGGAUAUACUGCAGAAACCCAAGACAUCAGGACAAAGAAGUCCCUAGUACAUCAACUGGAAGUCAGCGAGAACGGUCAGGCUGCCAUCGAUGGACCCGCAUCUGAUGGCAUCAGUCAUGUUGUUGCUUGGUCAGGAGGCCUGGUUAAUUAUCGUCACUACUUCAAAGCGGUUUCUGUGGUAACAUUAGCAGCUUUCAUUGCUUCAUCCAUUUUCUAUGGCUUUUUCUUCGCCUUCCCGACUCUCUGGCUCAACUUCUGGGUCAAAGAUACUAUAUCAAAGCACCAGAGUCAUACUAACGCCUUUUGGGUGGGUAUUUAUGGAGCUUUCCACGUAUUGUGUCUAUUAGGAGGGUUCCUCACGAUGUACCUUGCAGUAACGUCGAUCUCUCUUGUUUCCAGCGCUUCACUACAUUCUUCAAUAUUUACUGCCAUUAUGAGAGCCCCGUUAUCUCUUUUCCACACGACUGAUCAGGGAACGCUCACCAAUUAUUUUUCUCAAGAUAUGUCGCUUGUCGAUGGUGAACUACCAAGAUCGCUUGUUCAAUUUGCCUGCGAUCUAGCUAUAUCGCUUGGAAUGGCAGGCGUCCUUGCCGCUUCUUCACCUUAUCUGGCCACGAUAUAUCCAGCCGUUGUUGCCAUUAUGUAUGCGAUCGUAAAGCUUUAUCUGCGCACGUCUCGACAACUUCGUAUUUUAGCACUUGAGGCCAAAAGUCCUCUGUAUAUGCAUUUUCUAGACGUAGGCCGAGGUAUCGCAAUGAUACGUGCCGCACAAUUGUCGAAGCUAUACGAGGAUCAGAACAACCGACUUCUGGAGACAUCUCAACGCCCAGCUUACCUGCUGGCUAUGGUGCAAUACUGGCUACUGUUCGCACUCAAUCUUAUCGUUAUGAUUUUGGCCGUUUUCGUUGUUACGCUUGUUACACAGCUUGAGAAUCGCGGAUCAGGUUUUGCCGGUUCAGGCCUCGUCAUGCUGUUACAGUUCGGCCAGAUCCUAGCAUCAGCCAUGCAAGCGUAUGCGAAGCUUGAAACUUCCAUGGGCGCUGUGCAUCGACUGAAAUCACUUGAGUGUUCAGUCUCUGCGACAGUUGAAAACCGUAGCGUGUUACCGCCUCUCUCUUGGCCCUCCAAAGGCCAUAUAAAGCUCGAUGGUGUUUCAGCGUCUUAUAGAAUCACGGCAGAUGAAUCAAACACCCUAUCUAGCAUUCUAGCGUUGAAAGACAUACGGCUGGUUGUGGAACCUGGCCAGCGUGUUGCUAUCUGUGGUCGUUCUGGUAGUGGGAAGUCGUCCCUGAUAUUGCUUCUACUGGGCUUACUCGAGCCGUUACCGAGCACGAACUCCGAUGCCAUCGUUAUUGAUGGACUCGAAGUACGUACUGUCAACCAAGCUGUGUUACCGGAACGUAUUAUCACUGUUCCUCAAGACCCUAUCUUUCUUCCACCCGGAGCAUCCUGGCAGGAAAACCUAGGUCUACUCGGGACCUGUACGGCGACAGAAAUACAUUCAGUUCUGGAAGAUAUGAGCCUUUGGUCUUUGGUCAAUAGUCAAGGCGGACUAGAAGCAGCUGCGAAGCCCGGAGAACUUAGCCCGGGUCAGAAACAGCUAUUUAGCGUUGCUCGAGCAGUUUUGAGAAAGAUUGCAAAGGACAGAGAGUUGCAACUGACUGAUACAAUCGAACCAUCCAACCAAUCUUGUCUUGCGACAGCUCGAGGCGACGUAUUCGGGGGUAUUUUACUUCUGGAUGAAUUCAAUUCAUCUAUGGAUUGGGAAACGGAAAAACAGUAUUUGGAUAUUAUACAGCGUUCAUUUCCUGGAUACACAGUCAUUGCGAUCACGCACAGUCUAGUAAGUUUUAUGGAGAAUUGGGAUAGCGAAAAAGAUAGAGAGGCAGGUGUGUAUGGAGAAGGGUUCUUCAAUCGCGUGAUUGUCUUAGAUUCAGGCGAGAUAGUUGAGGACGGUCAUCCGAAAACCCUCCUAAAGACAACUGACUCGAAAUUCCGGGCCCUGUGCGAGACUGCUGCAAGGGGGGAUGUCAACACCUAA